ACAGCAAUACAAACAGGAUUACGAGCAAUGGCAACUCGCAACGAACACAGAUUCCGAAGAGAGACCAGGGCAUCCAUAAUUAUCCAGACUCGUUGGCGCCAACACAGAGCUUAUGCUGCUUACAAACAGCAACAGAAAGCUUCUUUGAUUCUCCAAUGCUUGUGGAGGGCACGCAUUGCAAGAAAGGAACUUCGGAAACUGAGAAUGGAAGCAAGAGAGACCGGCGCACUGAAAGAAGCAAAAGACAAGCUAGAAAAGAGAGUAGAAGAACUCACAUGGCGGUUAGACGUCGAGAAGCGUUUGAGGGCUGACCUUGAAGAAGCAAAGAGCCAUGAAAUUGAAAAGUUGCAAUCUGCACUGCAAAAAAUGCAAGAAAAUCUCGAGGAAGCCCAUGCAGCAAUAGUAAAUGAGAAAGAGGCUGCAAAGUUAGCGAUUGAACAGGCACCACCAAAGAUAGUAGAAGUGUCGGUUAUUGACAAUGCGAAACUUGAGGAGUUGACAACUCAAAAUAAAGAACUUGAGGAUGAACUAAGUACGUUUAAACAAAAGGCUGAGGAUCUUGAAAAUAAGCUUAUUGAGUUCCAAAAACAGUCUGAUGAACUGUCACAGGAGACACAAGAACAAGCAUCCAAAGUUACUCAACUUCAAGAGCUGGUCGAAAGGCUUGAAGCAAGUUUAUCCAAUAUGGAAUCUGAAAACCAAGUUCUACGACAACAGUCAUUGGUUGUUGCAUCAGCUGACGAGGAUAAAUCAAAAUAGAUAGAGAGAUUGGAAAGCAAGAUCGCCACCUUGGAGUCAGAGAUCGAGUUGCUCCACAGCAAUUCUGCACUAGCUAUUCAGGUCGUGGUUACUCCUGAAAUGAAUCAGACAA